AUGGGUUCGUGGCCCCGCCCCCGCCUCAAGUUCGCACGAUUCCUUACCGGGGCUCCAGGGGCCAGGUCCAACCGUAGCUGCCUCCUACUCCGGCCGCUGCCUCCUCCGCCAGCCCUGCCACACCCGCCUCGGAUCCCGGCCUGGCCCCGCCCCUCGCCACGCCGCCGCUCUGGGCGUCCACAGCCUCCUCUCGCUGGUCUCUAUCGGGCGGAGCAACCGCUCUGGGCGCCCACAGCCUCCUCUCGUUGGUGCCCGGCGAGCGGAGCGGUCGCUCUGGGCGCCCAUAGCCUCCUCUCGUUGGUCCUGGUUUAUAGCCGUGUCGCACGUGGUCCCGGAUCCCCCAUGUUCGAGGAGCCUGAGUGGGCGGAGGAGCCCCCGGCCCCGGCCGCCCGCACUCCCCCGAUCCCGCGCGCUAGGGUUAAGCCGGCGCCGCGCGCCAAGGGCUUCAGCCGUAAACAGCUCCAAACUACAUUACAAGCACUCCAGGCUGCAGCACUGCCUUAUCCUCUUCCUAACCAAGAGGGCAAUGACUCCAACUCAGAUUCUGACCUUGAGGAGGAGAAGAGAAAAAAGAGGAAGAAGACCCCCAAACUGGCUCCAUUUAUGGAAGAAAAUUCAAAGCUACCAGUUCAAAGAGUAAAAAUUAAGAAAGGAGAGAGCAAAGGCUCUGGAGUCCCAGGUAAUAGUGAUCUGGUCCCUGUGCUUCCUCAGAAGGACCCAGCCCUCACGAGGACCACUUACAGACCAGUGGAAGAUAGGAAUACCACAGAACCAAGGCUAAGCCGGAAACAGUGGAGAAACCGUCAGAAAAAUAAAAGGAGACAAAAGAAUAAGUUUCUGCCCCUGAAGCCACAAAGUGUUGCAGCUCCUGAACAGGAGAGGGCCCCUGAACUGACAGAGGAGUGUGAGCCAGCAUUGGAAGCAAAGGAGUCAAGAUUAUCUCUGGACCGGGGUGGGAUGCUGCGGGAAAAGAUGAAGCUACGGCUUGAAGGAGCUCGUUUCCGUUUCCUCAAUGAGCAGCUUUAUUCUGUAACCAGCAGUGCCGCAAGCCAUAUUUUCCAGGAAGACCCUGAGGCCUUUGAGCUUUACCAUCGUGGCUUUCAGAACCAAAUAAAGCGAUGGCCCUUGAAGCCUGUGGACCGAAUUGUGAAAGAUUUGAAACAGCAGCCAGCAUCCCUAGUUGUGGCAGAUUUUGGUUGUGGAGACUGUCACCUUGCCUCUAAUGUCAGGAACACCGUUCACUGCUUUGACCUUGCUGCACUUGACCCCCGUGUCACAGUAUGUGACAUGGCCCAGGUACCCCUCAAGGAUGAGUCUGUGGACAUUGCCGUUUUCUGCCUUUCAUUGAUGGGAACAAAUCUGAGUGAUUUCCUGAAGGAGGCAAACCGAGUGCUGAAACCAGGAGGCCUGUUGAAAAUAGCUGAGGUAGCCAGCCGGUUUGUGGAUAUGAGGAGUUUCUUGGGAGCCUUAGCCCAGCUGGGCUUCAAGCUUGUCUCCAAGGACUUGACCAACAAUUACUUCUACCUGUUAAACUUCCACAAGACAGGACCUCCCAAGGCUCAGGGUCCCCUUCCAGGCCUGACUUUGAGACCAUGUCUGUAUAAACGCCGGUGACUCAGUCUGUCAUCUUUCUGUCUCCACCCUGAUGCCUCAGGACUGAGCUACCAUUACUACCCAGUCAUGAAGGCUCCUUGAUAGUACAGAAGCUUGUGCACAGAAGCAUUGUGAUAGGACAUGGACCAGGGCAGCAGAUGAGGAGUUUAUGAAGAUUGAAUUGACUUGUACAGAAGGACUUGGGCAACAAGGUGGGGGAUUUUCAAAGAGAAUCCAUAGUUCAAGCCCUGACUUGAACUAUGAAACAAUAGUAAGAAUGAUCAACUUCAUCUCUUUGGGCUGCCUUCUCCUCAUCAAUGAAGUAAGAAAUGGAUCUUGGGUGAGAUCUGAGAACCAUGCAGGUUCUGAACUAAUAGGAUGGGGGAAGGGAGAUGAAUAGCAGCCCCUCCAGUUUUUCGUAUCUCAUUGAAGAAAUAAAGCUGUGUUGGAGUUUGACUCCUGACUCUUUUUGUAGCUACUAUCCUUCCUGACUUCUUGCAUGAUCUGUGGUUUCAGCAAAUUUCCAGCUCCUUGGAAUAAAAUAGAAACAGGAACAGACCCAAUUGUAACUGCAUGUAUGAGAUAAGAGGCCCCUACAUGGGCCAAGUGGACAGGAAGGACAGCUAGACCUAUAGGGAAGGUCCUCAAUCUGUGUGACCCAGAACCUAGAGAAUACCUCUCAGGACCUAAUGCCAGCUGAUUGUCACAUAUCAAAGGAUCUUUUAUUACUAGGAGAGGCAGAAUUCAAAAACACUUGUGUUUUUUUUUUUUAAAAGUUAUAAUUGAUUCCUUUUAUUUUUAUGUUAGUCAUUUCUGAAUAUAUCAAAGUCCCUAGUUUCUUUUUUGGCAAAGGAAAAAAGAUGGCAAAACCCAUGAAUGCUUAAGACAUUCUGCCAGUAUUUCCAUCCUUGUAUAUCCCCUUUCCAUCAAAAGGGCACUGUUCAUCUCAUUAUUUUCAUAUAUAGUUUCUUGUUCUAUUGUUUUUCAAUCAUGUAACCCCAUUUGUGAUUUUCUUGCUGUAGAUACUAGAGCAAUUUGUCAUUUUCUUCAUUUUAUAAAUGAGGAAACUAAGGCAAACAGGACACACAGCUAGUAAGAGUCCGAGGUAAGAUUAAGACUUCCUGAGUUCAGGCCCAAUCUACUGAGCCCCUAAUUGCCCAAUUAGUCUAGCUGUGUGAUCUUGCCCAAGUCGCUUCACCCUGCUUGCCUCAGUUUCAUCAUCUGUAAAAUAAUCUGGGAAAGGAAAUGGCAAACAUUCCAGUAUCUCCUCCAAGAAAACCCCAGAAGGAGUUGGGAAGAGUUGAAACGACUAAACAAUAAUCAAUGGGUAUACACUUUGGUUUUGGCAUUUUGCUGUCACAGUAAGUACUGUUAGGAACAUUUUGGUAUAUGUGAUCCUUUCUGCCUUUUUUUGAUCUUUGUGGGAUUUAUUUCUUGCAGCGGAUUGUUGAUUGAAAGGGCACAAGCUGUUGUCUUAUUUUGGGGUAUGCUUCAACAUUGUUUUCUAGAAUGGUCAAACCUGGCCAUACUUACACUUGUCUUCUUGCAGCCUCUUCAGUGUUGACUCUCCAUCUUUUAUUACUGUUGCCUAUUUACUGGGAUUGAGGUAAAACCUCAGAGCAGUUUUAAUUUGCAUUUCUCUUACCAAUAACGGUUUGGAAUAUUCUUUUAUGUGAUUGUUAAUAGUCUGCAUUACUUGUUUUUUGUUACUGUUUGUACCUUUGACUACUUCUCUGGUAAUCAGAAUUGGCUUUAUGGGUCCAAGUCACACGCAUCUACGUUGCAUGUUGUCCAGUGUUGUUCAUGAAUCUAGUUUAAGAGUUUAUUCCCUACCAGGACCCCAGCCAUCGCAAAAUCUGCCCCUCUUACACUUCCUGUCUCUGCUGAUAGGAUAUUCAGCCCCAACCUAGUGAUUUUAAAGAAAACUGUCAAAAAAAGAACUGCUAUUUAUGGCUUGACUGUGGUCAUGCCAAGGGCAAGAGAUGGCAUUCAUCUGUGCUCCCUGUGUACCCAGAGGGUCAUUUCAUUAUCCACAGAGAUCAUGUUGACAUAGUCAAUUAGGAAUGCAUUUGGAGUUUUAAAUGGUUUGAGUUUACUGAGGAAUCUUGGGGGUAGGGAAGAAGGUGCAAGAAAGAAUGGAUAGCAUGAAAAAAAUGAGUGACAGAUGUGGUGACUUUAGGGGAACAGGAAGGAAAAUGACAUAGCUGGGCUGAUCACCCCACUUUUAAUGCACUUUCCCCAUUUUCCUUAGUGAACUUCUUAACCCUUGAUUGGCUAGUUGACAGCAGCUCAGUGAUCUGUCUCUUAAUUUCCAUGCCUGCUGUGAGGGAUAAUUGGGUACUGGAAUUCCAGCUGCAUUAGGCUCUAGGGUAGUGGUUCUCAAAGUCAAGUCCAGAGAUUCUCUGAAACCCUUUCAGAAGGUCUGCAAAUUCAAAUUAUUUUUUUUUCUAAUAUGGCAAAUAUCAAUACAAAAAUUCUUCAGACAGAUCCUCAGUAGUUUUUUAAAUAGUAUAAAGAUAGUGAAAACAAAAGUUUGAGAACCACUGCUCUAGGGGAUAGGGAAAGCAUUGCUAACCUGGAGAAGGCUUCUAACAAAUCUACUUUCCAUAACUAUAACCUUGAAUCAUUAGAAAGGACAAAAGCACAUAUCAUAAAUGGGCAUUUUUUGCAACAGCAAAAUAUAAAACAGCCAUAGUAUAGGCAACAGAAUACAAACUAAGAAUUCUCAGCCUAUCACAGAUUAGUUUUAAACAGACACCUACAAUAUACCAAACAAGGCUAAGUGAUGGGAAAUUAACCCCCCCCCCCAAAAAAAAAAAAAAAACAAAUAAAUAAAUAAAGGCAAAAGAUAAUCCCCUCUAUUAGAGAGUUCACAAAUAAGGGAAACAAUGUGCAAAGAAAUAUAUACAAACGAGCUCCAUAUAGAGUAAAUAGAAAACACUUAACAGAAGGAAUGUACCAGAAUUAAGAGCACCUGGUAGAAUAUCUUGUUCAUGGAACAAAGAGGCCAGUGUCACUUAAUUAAAUGGUAUAUGUUGAGGAGUCAGGUAUAAGAAAACUGGAAAGGGUUAGAUUAUGAAGUAGUUUAAACACCAAAUAGGAUUUCGUAUUUGAUCCUGGAGGCAAAAAGUAGCCACUAGAGCUUAUUGAAUAGGAGAGUGACAAAGUCAGACCUAUAUUUUAGGAAAAUCACUUUGGUGGCUAAAAGGAUGAGUUGGAGUGGGGAAGAGACAUGAGGUAGACAGGUCCUUCAACAGGGUGUUGUAGUAGUCUACAUGUGAGGCUUUUGUAAUAAUCUAGGUAUGUGAUGAGAGAGCCAGCCCCAUAGUGAUAGGAAAAGACAGAAGGGGGCAUAUUUGAGAGUUGUUGCAAAGGUGAUUUGACAGGCCUUAGAAAUAUCUUAGAUAUGGCGGAAUGGAUUGAAGUGGGGAGAUAACAGUAAUAGAGAAGCUAAGAGGGAGGAAGAGAACAUAUAAUGAUUUCCUUUUGGGGCAUGUUGACUGUAAGAUGUCUAAAUGGACAACCACUUUGAAAUAUCUCAAAGACGAUUAGAGAUUCAAAAUUAGAAGUCAACAGAGUUUAAGGUAGGAUAGGUAAAUUAAAAAUGAAUAAAGAGUUGGUCAAUUCAUGAGAUCUGUAAAGAUCAUCAAGUAAAGUAGUAUAAAGGGAGAAGAUAAGACCUGAGUGAAAAUCCUGAAGAAUACUUAUGGAUAGAAGACAUGGUCUGAAAGAGAUUUCAGCAAUGGAGAUAAAAGUGGUCAGAUAGGAGAAGCAGGAGAGAAUGAUGUCCCAAAUAUCUACAGAGAAGAGAGUUUUUUAAGGAGGAGAGUAAUCAACAGUGUCAAAAGCUUCAGAGAUAUUGAAGAGAAUGAAGAUUAAGAAAAGCCACUGGAUUUGACAAUUACAAAAUCAUUUGGUUAACUUUGGAAAAUAGUUUUGGUGGAAUGAUAAAAUCUGAAGCUAGAUUGUAAGGGGCUGAGAACGAGAGGAGAGAAAGAGGAGGUAUCUAUUUGUAAAUCCAAGAUAGCCUUUUCAAGAAGUUUAAAUACAAAGAGCAUGAGAGAGAGGACAAAAAUUAUCCAGGAUGGAAAAGUCAAGUGAACAUUUUUUAAAGAUGGAAGAGACAUCAUCAUAUUUGUAGAUAUUAAGAAGGGAGCCAGUAAACAGGGUGAGAUUGAAAAAUACUAGAGUGGGAAUAACAGAAGGGGCAGGAUAUAGGAAGAGGUAGGAUGUUACCAAGAUCACUUGAGCAGAUAGAUUUAGCUUUGGUAAAGAGUAAGGCAACUUUACAUGGAAAAAAAGUGGAGGAAAUAGUGACAGAAAGCAUAAGAAUAACAUAAGAGAAAGACUAGAGAAGAGAGCUCAUGACAAAAUCAGUUUUUCUUGUAAGAGGCAAGAUUCUCAACUGAGGAUGGGGGGAUGAGUAGAGGUUUGAGAUUCGACAAGGGAUGAAAAGGUUUGGAAAGGGCAGAAGCUGAUUAUUGGGGAAUCAGGGGACUAAAAGCAGGGUUAGUGGAAAACUAAUAGAUUAUGGAUUUAGGAACUUUUGAACAUGUAGGCAGUACAUUUGUGGGUAAUGACAAGCUCAAAGAUAUGACUGCUGGGAUAGAGGAGCAGGUCAUGAGAAUUGAGUAGAUUAAGGAACUCAAUGUCUAAAGUAUUUGAGAACCAGUAUCUAUGUUGAAGUCUCCUAGUAUAAGAACAAGAAAGAAAAACUGUUAUACCAAAAUUAUUGAGAAAGGGGAGAGACCUGGAAGUCUAUAGAAAACAGCUUCUAGGAUUUUGAUUGGGUGGUAUAUAGAGCUACUGCGUGGUGAAUUAUGAGAGGGAAAAUCUGGAAGUGGUAUUAGUGGGAGGUAAGAUUAUUCUAACUCCUCUGACUCUACCAGUGAGUUAGGUGAAGAUAAGGAGACUAUAUGCUGGGAGUGGGGAGGAGGAAUGAAAGGAAUGGAAGAAGAGAUUUAGGAUGAAGAGAUCAUUGCUUAUAGAACAAGCAUAAAGGGGUGAGUCUUUAGUUGGAACUUUGGGGUGGGAGGAUUGAGAAGAAUCUGAUGGUGGAGUAUGGGCAAUGGAAUUUGGAUAAUGAUUUAAAAGGAAGGUGCCACUCCUUUUCCCAAAAAAGAUUGGAGAUUGAGUUGGAAACAAGUGCAGUGUUUGAGGAAAGGCCCAUAGUAGCUGGUCUGAUGGGAGCCUUCAUUUUACUAUUCUUCCCUUUGAAGGCUGGAAAUUGGGCAGGAAAUGAUGAAAAAUCAAACCCACACCCCUAGAGAUGGAAAUCCCACUACCCAUCAACUUUCUUUUUCCUCUUCUCUCAUGGGACAGGCACAGCUAGAAAUGAGAUGCCUGAGAUCAAAGGAAAGGUCAUUUCUCUUUGAAUCAGAAGUUUUCCACAUCAUGGAGAUCAGGCUGGCAGGAGGAGGUAGGAAUUCUUAUACUGGCACAGAUGGAAGUUGGCAUGGCCUGGGUAUUCUAAAGUGGUCUAGAUGAUUUGAAGGCCAGAAGCCCUAAUAAUUCUUCUCUUCCCCUUCCCCCAAACUGGUUCUCCAGGUACCAGCCUUACAUGAUUUAACUUAAAGAGUUUCAAGAUCUCAGGAGUUAGCAGGGACCUCAGAGACUAUCUGAUCCAACUCAUACCUGAAUAUCAAUCUACAAUCUCAACAAAGUGGUCACCCAGCUCUGGUCAAAUACCUAGUAAUGAAGAGUCUACUACUUCUGCUUUCAGGGGCCAAGCUGAAUAGUUCUAAUCCCUCUACUACAGGACUAGAAAUCCCCCCUUAAUGCUUUUCUGAGAAGAUAAAAAUUGUUACUUUAAUCAGUCCUUCUGUUAUAGUCUAUUUUGUCCAGUCAUUCUGGUCUCAGUCCGCUGAAUUGUAAUUCAGCUUAACCAUUUCAGUCCUAAAAUAUUACAUAUAGAGCUAAAUACAAAUAUUAGUCUUUUUUAGCUUCCAUGUUCACAUUAAUCCGUAUUGAGUAUGUAAUCCACGAAAAUCCCCAUGCCUUUUCCCUAAAACUGUUCCAAAUGUUCUCUUCUGUAUUGGUGCAACUGGUUAUUUUAAACUUGUACAGCCCUAUAUUUAUCCUUAAUUUUAUUUUUUUAGAGAAAGUUGAAGUAUAAAAUUAAUGAAGAAUGUUAAGUAGCAUCAGUAUGAUGAGGGAACCUUAACUUUAAUUUAGAAGACCUUAAGAGUCUUGGCCCAUAAAUUAGUUGUAUGGUCUUAGGCAGUCUACUUCACCUAGAUUUAUUUGUAAGGAAAGGCUCUGAUCUUUAUAUUGCCCAUCUCAGGGUUGGGAAACAGUCUGAUAAACUAUUACCAAGUACUAUAUAAAUGAGCUAUUUUUUAAAAUUUUAUUUUCCUUUUUUUGGGUUACAUUUUAAAUUCCAAAUUCUUUCCCUCCUUCCCCACUAUUUACUAAAGAAGACCAUGAUUUGAUGUGGAAAACUAUUAUAUGUGUACUUCUAUUUUGUUAGAAACUUUACAAAGUGAUAAGUCAGUUGCCUAAUUUACAUGGUAUUUAUUAGCAAAUUCUCUAGCUCACUAAUGUGUUUAAGUACUCAUUGGAGUUCACACUUUUGGGAGAUUCACAAGUCAGAAACCCACAAUCCCACUCUCAGAAGAAUCAAUCUUUGAAUUCACACCUCUAAAAGAGCAUAAAAAGGAGCUGAGUUAGUGAAAUGAGUCAGUUCAGAAGAAGCCCACUCUUGUAGGCAGAACCAGAUUCAUUCAUAUCAUCUCACACCACCAUGGUGGCAGGCUCUCCGACUUCGCUUCUCCAUUGAAAGAUAGGCCUCUAAGAAAGCUACCCGGGCCCAAGGAAUGAGACAAGACUUGGAAGGAUAAAAUAAACGUUUGGAUUUUAUCAACUGGCUGCGUUUGAAGUUAUUACUUGGAAUGGAAACUAAGGCUGCCUCCAGAAAACCUCCCCAAGAAACCUGUUCCUACAGAGCAUUAUAUUUUAAAGAAGAGAACACACUAUUUUUCUGAAUUUUGUGGAGAUGUUCUGGAGCAAUCUUCCUUCGUAGGUUCUUUAUAGCUGAUUUUAAUUGUUCCAAAUGGUAUCUGCAAAAAGACUAUUAUCUCAUUGCCCAUUCUGGUUUCAAUUUUUCUUCCCAUAUUGCUAUUGCUAACAUUUCUAAAUUAUAUUGAUAAUGGGCAUCCUUGUUUCACUCCUGAUCUUUUUGGGAAAGCUUCUAGCUUAUCCCCAUUAGAGAUGCUUUCUGUUGGCUUUAAGUAGAUGCUUAUCAUUUUAAGGAAAAAUCCAUUUACACUUAUGCUUUCAAGUAUUUUCAAGAGGAAUAAAUUCUAUAUUCUGUCAAAGGUUUUUUCUGUAUCUGUUUGAUGUACCUUUUGUUACUUUUAUCUUAAAUUGUCCCUGUAUUCCUGAUAUAAAUCCCACUUGAUUAUAAUGUAUAUUGUAUAUAUAUUGUAGCCUACUAGUUAUUUUAUUUAGGAUUUUUGUAUCCAUAUUCGUUAAAUUGGUUAUGUUUUUUGUGUUUCUGUUCCUGAGUUAUCAGCAUCAUAUCUGCUUCAUAAAAGCUUGAUAGGACUCUUUGCCUAUUACUCCAGAUAAAUUAUUUAGCAUUGGAAUUUAUCUUUAAAUGUUGGUAGAAUUCACAUAAAUCCAUCUGGUCCUGCUGUUUUCUUAUGCUCCUUAGUUUUAUUUUUUCUAAAUAAAUUUUAAAUAAUUUUC